ACUGGUGUUUGCUCUUCUACGAUAUAUAAAUGUGGAGUUGUCAUAUCUGGCCAUAUGAAGAGCUUGGUGGAAGUCCAGCCUACGAGAGAGCGAGGAGCCCCCCCACCACUUGUUGAUAUACUCGGCGGGAGGAGUGCACUGGGACUGUCACACUGAGCGAUCGCUCAGCUCUGGAAACCAGUCCAGUAUAGUGUCAUUCCAAGAACAGGGUGAGGCUGACAGGGACGAGUCUCUCCGAGACGAGAGCACGCUGAAUCGAGAUCCUGAUCCAGAUUAGCCUUCAGAGGGUCCUGGAACCUGGGACUGGAAAAUCACUUAAACCCAUUGGGCUCAUGGAACCUCUACAUGUGGUGGACACCCAAUGGACCAUCUGGAGAUGACCCUCAACUGAGAUCGGGGAAGAGCCCAGUCCUCCUGAAAAGUUGCCGUGUUGGAACCUUUAGAUCUGGUGGACACCCAAUGGACCAUCUGGAGGUGACCCUCAACUGAGAUCGGGGAAGAGCCCAGUCCUCCUGAAAAGUUGCCGUGUUGGAACCUAUAGAUCUGGUGGACACCCAAUGGACCAUCUAGAGAUGACCCUCAACUGAGAUCGGGGAAGAGCACAGUCUUCAUGAAAAGUUGCCGUGGUGGAGAUGUAGUGGACACCCAAUGGACCAUCUAGAGAUGACCCUCAACUGAGCUCGGGGAAGAGCACAGUCUUCAUGAAAAGUUGCCGUGGUGGAGAUGUAGUGGACACCCAAUGGACCAUCUAGAGAUGACCAUCAACUGAGAUCAGGGAAGAGCACAGUCCUCCUGGAAAGUUGCCGUGUUGGAACCUCUACAUCUGGUGGACACCCAAUGGACCAUCUGGGGAAGAUGACCCUCAACUGAGAUCAGGGAUAAACACAGUCCGGAAAUAAGUUGCCAAUAUUUCCAGACUUGAGUGCAUUUCAUAAACACCUGCCAGAGAUGGAUCUCAACUCUUCGGCAGCUUGGAACACCACGCAAUACGAUGCCGCAGACAGCCUGGACUACGACGCCGCCAUCCCUACCUAUGGACUGGCGAGUUUCCAAAUCCUUAUUGCCGUCAUCUAUUCCUUGGUCUGCACGGUGGGGCUCCUGGGCAACUUCUUCGUCAUGUACCUGAUCAGGAUAAAGAGAGCCCCUGGCCUCACCGCCAUCGAUAUUUUCGUCUUCUGUCUGGCGCUAAGCGAUUUCCAGUUUGCCUUCACCUUGCCCUUCUGGGCUGUGGACGCCAUCAUGGAUUUCAGCUGGCUGUUUGGACACCCCAUGUGCAAAAUUGUCCUCACCAUGACCGUGCUGAGUGUAUACUACAAUGUGUUCCUCCUGACUGCCAUGGCCGCGACGAGGUACUGGUUGGUGGCUUCGGCACUGAGCCUCAAGUGUACCGUGUCCACCGCGGUAGCCAAAUGGAUCAGCUUCGCUCUGUGGCUUUUAGCCCUUGUGGCCACCAUACCCACCAUUAUAUUUGCCAGCACAAAAGAGGUCUUGGGGGAUCAACUCUGCCUGUUGAAGUUCCCAGAAAAAAAGUGGUUGGCCAUCUACCACAUCCAAAGGAUUACCAUCGCGUUUUUCAUACCUCUUGUUGUCAUAUCGACGUCCUACAUCAUGCUGCUGAACUUUUUGAGGCAACACCGGGUGAACGCCAACAACCGGCACCGACAGAGCAAGAUCACCAACUCCGUCCAGAUGGUUAUUAUAGUCUUCUUUGUCUGCUGGUUCCCCAACCACGCCGGCGUUUUAUGGGGCAUUCUCAUGAAGUUUGAGGUGGUCCAAUGGAGCGACGCCUACUAUUACUUCCAUACCUACGUCUACCCCAUUACGGUGUGCCUCGCCCACAGCAACAGCUGCCUGAACCCCGUCAUCUACUGCCUAAUGAGGAAGGAAUUCCGCAAGUCCCUGAUGGCGGUGUUUAGGCAAAUCAAGGGCAUGGUCGUUGGCUUUUUGCCGUCGGCCAAUCGGGCUUACGUGGAUCAGGAGACGGUGGUGCCUCUUUACCGAAAGUCAAGCUUUCCCCUCACCAAUAGUAAGGAAUAUCACGGACCUUCAAUUUCCACCAUCACAAUCCUUCCUGAAAGUCUACCCAAGGACCAAACCCAACACAACGGGGCGACGUGGAAGGAGACGGCCAUAGACUAGCCCAGAAACGUGAACUGUGAAGGUGGAACCAUGGGGGGAAGUCCCUCAUCGUCCUAUUCGGGCAAUGGAAGAGCGUGGUCAUUGGCUUUAUGCCGUCUACCAAAAGUGUUAUCAUGGACCAGGAGACUGUGGUGCCUCUUCACCGAAAGCCAAGCCUUCCCACACACAACCGGGGGCGUCUUUAAUGCUGAUUGGACCCUGGGCAAAACAUUUCUUGGGUCCCCUCCCCCCCAUGCAAUUUUACUC